UCGUCAGUUGAAUUUUCACCAGCAAAGUAUUCGCGUGGCUAAAAACAGCGCAUGACUACGGCGGCUCGGCAGCUCAACGGUGUUUACUUUCGUCUGGCGUUUGCUUUAUUGCUGCUCAUGCAGGCACUUGCAAAUACGAAAUUGAAUGCGUACUUUUAACAUUUCGGCAAUUGUCUGUCCGUCAAUGGCAAGGCGGGCGUUGAAGAGUUGACCGAAUUUCGUAUUCGUUUUCGCAUUAUUCUAUAUCGUUUCUGUUUUGCGGUGUUAUUGUGUCCCUGUGACCCUGUUGUGGUGGUAUUCUGGCCUUUUUGACAGUGAAACGGGCAAACGUUUCAAAAGGUGUUUACGAAAAAGUGAUCGAGACAAGAAGAAGAGUAGAAUACGUAAUUUAUCAAGCACAGACGAAGUGAUCAUCGAACAAGUGGGAAAAAGUUGUGAAAAAGUGAAAAUAUUUGCUGACAAGUACGACGACAUAUAAUAGUAAAUACGAGUGAAUCAAAGAGCUGAGCUGAUUUGAGCUCAGAAAGAGUAGAAAGCACUUCAGCAGAGCAACGCAACAGUACAGUAUUUUAAGAUAGUAAACGUACGAUGGAGUAAGGACGUUGAAUUUGGGCAAAGAGUCGGUGUUGUUUUUUAGCUAUGAACUAACGACUAUUCAAAAAUAUUUUUGAAAAUAUAAACGGGUCGGUGAACUGAAGACAAAAGUGAGGUAGAGUGAAAUCAGUGAGCGAUUUUGGUGCGCGCGUGUGUGUGUGACAAUGUCUUUGUGCGCUUAUCCGCAAGUACGCAUUUACGAGGAUUUCGAUAAAAUGAGCGCCAAAGAAGUCUACUACAACGAAGCCGGUAACAAAGUCACCGUCAAGCUGUUGCACUUUCCCGACGUGCCGCCCGAGGAGGUGGACAACAUUAAAUUUGACGAUGACGAAUAUGCCGAAGAGGCCGUCGAAUUGGAUCAUUCCCUUUGCAAGGAGUGCUGUGUAGGCGAAGAUGGUGUUGACAUUAGCAGAAACUUGGUGAAUGGGCUGCCACACUUGAAAACACCCUUUAACACUUUAGAGAAUGAUGAUGAAGAGGAGGAAGACGACGAUGCUGAAGUGGAGGGUGAGGGCACGCCAUAUGAUGAAACCGUUGAGCGCGAGGCGGAUGAGCAGUCACGUCCACAUUCACCAGCAUUGCCAAUUGCUUUGCAGUCCCACUUGCAUCAUCCAUACCACCACCAUUACCAUCAACACAAUGAUCAGACGCUUGCUCACUCAGUGCCAGCCAAAAAGAGCUAUCGCAAAAAGGCCGUUAGCAAUCAGAUACAUUCGCGUAAAUACAGUCUCGCCUUUGCACAGGCGCAUGGUCUGCCCAUUACUGCGCCGCCCACUAUAAUGGUGCCGCCACGUUCUCCCGCCGCCAAUGAAUUCGGUGGUUGUGCACUGCGACGUCAGUUACAACUGCAGCGUCGUUCACCAUCGCCACAGCAAAACUUGUGCCCCGGCUAUACGCAAUACUCCAAGUCGUUUCUCGAAGUGCCGCUGCCGCGUGACUACGGCUACGCUUCCAGCGAUGAUUUGAGCUCCGAAUGGGACUCCGAUGUGCCGGUGGCAUCAGUGGGUCGUAGCCAGACGCAAUUGAAAAAGCCUUCUGGUUGGCGCAAGUUACGCAAUAUCGUGCAAUGGACACCCUUUUUUCAAACCUACAAAAAACAGCGCUAUCCCUGGGUCCAACUGGCCGGGCAUCAAGGCAACUUCAAGGCCGGUCCUGAACAGGGCACCGUCUUGAAGAAGCUCUGCCCGAAAGAGGAGGACUGCUUUCGUGUGCUCAUGAAGGAUGUACUACGCCCAUAUGUGCCCGAAUACAAGGGGCAGGUGACCAGCGAGGAUGGUGAACUAUACUUGCAGCUGCAGGACUUACUGAGCGAUUUCUAUCAACCCUGUGUGAUGGACUGCAAGAUCGGUGUGCGCACUUAUCUCGAGGAAGAGCUCUCCAAGGCCAAGGAGAAGCCGAAGUUGCGCAAGGAUAUGUAUGAGAAAAUGAUACAGAUUGAUCCGGAUGCGCCCAGCGAGGAGGAGCACAAGGCAAAGGGUGUGACCAAGCCGCGUUACAUGGUCUGGCGCGAGACCAUCUCGAGCACAGCAACACUCGGAUUCCGUAUAGAGGGCAUUAAGAAGAGCGAUGGCACCAGCACGAAGGAUUUUAAGACAACAAAAUCCCGUCAACAAAUCAAGCAGGCCUUCCGCGAGUUCAUCAAUGGUUUUCAACAUGCUAUGCCCCGUUACAUACAGCGCCUGCAGGCGAUUCGUGCCACACUCGAAUGCUCCGACUUCUUUCGCACACACGAAGUUAUCGGUAGUUCGCUACUGUUUGUGCACGACCGCUAUCAGGCCAGUGUCUGGCUAAUUGAUUUUGCCAAAACUAUUGGCCUUCCCGAUAAUCAGCGGAUCAAUCACAGCCGCACCUGGACAGUGGGUAACCAUGAGGAUGGCUAUCUGAUUGGCAUCAAAAAUUUGCUUGAAAUUUUUUGCGAACUCGAUGCGGAAAUGACCGCGGAGACAUCGCUUACACCGUCAUCGGCCUCGUCGUCGGCUUCCUUGUCGCCCAAGCGUAAUCUAAGUGAAUCUAACGCCGACGAUACAGCAUCUGGUAGCGCGGCAAGAGAGGGAGAAGUCAUUUUGGAAGCGAUUAAGCCUGCAAAGAUGACGACUGCUGGAGAGAGCCAACUGACAGUGACUUCCAGCGAAGCGGCUGCUACUGAGCAAAUACUGAUCACCCAGACUGUGGGAGAACCGCCGUCGAAGGAACCAGAGCGUGAUACGCAGGAAAUACUCUAGAGCAUUUCGAAUAGGAUCCGAAUGCCAGCGAGAAUCUUUAUACAAGAUUUAAUUGCACUUAAUGACCGCUCGAUCGCUUCCAACUACUUUUUGCUAGAAAUUUAAGAAAUUAUUGAAUAAUAAAAAAUAGUUUAAGCUUGAAAUGCAAUUACUCGUAAGCACGCAAGACUGAACACAUAGUAAUUUAUUGAGUUACAUACAUACAUACUGUAUUUUUAAUAAGCCCACAUAAAUAUCUACUAAUACUUAAGUGAAAAAGAGAAGAGAACAACUAUCCAAUGAUAGUCUAACGAAAUUUUGCACAAAGUCACGUGGAUUAUCAAGGAAAUAGGCUUGACUCACCAACUGCAAUGCACAGAUGAAACCCAUGAACGCACAGCAUUUGUAAGCGGAGCGGAGAUUUCACUAGUGGAAAUGUAGAAUAAGGAAAUUUUGAUUAGUUUAAAAAUAUGCAACUAUGGCUUCAAGCCAUUCGAAGCACUACAAUUUGUUGCAAUAAUUGCAGAAAGGAGUUAUUCCAUUGUGUGGUGGCGAGCUUAGGCGGCACAAAACGUUCGAGCAUUCAAUACGAUUUUUUGUUUGUUUGUUAAAUAUCACAUACGCAUUAUAUACAUCAAUACAAAUACAUACAUAUGCACACACCCACUAGCUAAUAGACUAAGCAAUAAUUGUAAAACUUUUUAACGAGGCAAUGAUUUCAAUAAAAGAAUUGCGAAACAA